GCAGGCUCUUCCGGGGUCGUGACCUCAGGUCACUAGAAGUUCUUCAGCCUAAAGAUGGCGGCUUCUGCUGCGAGGGGCGCUAUGGCGCUAAGAACGAAUAUCAGCCGACCGGUUGCGUUUGUCAGAAAAAUUCCCUGGACGGCGGCCUCAAGUGAGCUGAGAGAACACUUUGCACAAUUUGGCCAUGUAAGAAAGUGCACUGUUCCUUUUGACAAAGAGACUGGCUUUCACAAAGGUAUGGGUUGGAUUCACUUUUCUUCAGAAGAAGAACUUCACAAUGCACUACAACAGGAAAAUCAUGUUAUUGAUGGAGUAAAGCUCCAUGUUCAACCUCAAAAACCCAAAGCUUUACAAGGAGACCAAACAUCUGAUGAAGAGAAAGAUUUUUGAGACCCUCACUGCCUACUGAAUAAAUUUCGACCUGUUUUGAAAUACCAUGCUGCAAACUGAAACUUCUUCACAGACAAGCUGAAUUUCAACUUCAGUACAACCAUUAUCAGAAGCAGAGGAAACAAAUAUGUCCAGUUCACAUCUUAUGAACAUAUAUAUUCCUUGAUAAGGCAUAAUUAGGAUGGCAUUUCUUACAGUAUUUCAGAUACAUGAUUAUUGGAAGAGAGAGGGUUUUAUAAUUAGGCAUUCCUGAUACAGAAAAGAACUGCUCAGAGACUUUUUUUUCCCUUGAGGAAAAAUUUAGGACUACAACAUUAUAAUUUGACAUCUGUAAACACUACACAGUGAUUACCACCAAAGUCUAGUUACUGUCAAUCACCAUACAAGUGACCUCCACCCAUUUCACUAAUUCCUCAACCCUCUUCUCUGGUAACCACCAAUCUGUUCUCUCUAUGAAUUUUUGUUUAUUUUGGUUUUUGUAGAUUUCAAGUAAGUGAAAUCACACCCUGUUUCUCUUUCUCUGACUUAUUUCACUUAGCAUAAUACCCUCAAGGUUCACCCAGGUUAUCACAGACAGCAAGAUUUCAGCUUUUAUGGCUGAGUUCUUUUUUUUUUUUUUAAAUGGCUGAGUUCUAUUCUAGUGUGUACACACACACACACACACACACACACACACACCCCUUUAUCUGUUUAUGGGUACUUAGCCUGCUUUCACAUCUUGAGUACUAUAAAUAAUGCUGCAGUGAUCAUAAGGAUGCAUAUACUUUUUGAAUUAGUGUUUCAUAUUCUUUGGAUAAAUACCCAGAAGUGGAAAAGCUGGAUCAUAUGGCAAUUUUAUUAAUAUAUUGAGGAAUCUCCAUAGUGUUUUCCAUAUUGACUGCACCAAUUUAUACUCCCACCAACAGUGCAUGAGGGUUCCCUUUUCUCUACAUCCUCUCCAAUGCUUGCUAUUUCUUGUCUUUCCGAUAACAGCCAUUCUAACAAGUGUGUGAUUUUGAUUUGCAUUUCCUCAUAAUUAGUGAUGUUGAUUAUUUUUUCAUGUGCCUGUUGACCAUUUGCAUGUCUUCUUUGGAAAAAUGUCUAUUCAGAUCCUCUGCCCAUUUAACUGGGUUGUUUUUAGUUGAGCUGUUGGAGUUCUUUCUAUAGCUUGGAUAUUAACCUCCUGUCGAAUAUAUGAUUUGCAAGUAUCUUCUCCCCCUCAGUAGGCUACCUGUUUAUUCUGAUGAUGGCUUCCUUCAUCAUGUGGAAGUCUUUAGUCUGAUACAGUCCCAUUUGUUUAUUUCUUUGUUUCCUUUGCCUUUGGAGUCAGAGUCACAAAAUCACUGCUAAGACCAGUGUCAAAGGGUUUACUACCUAUGUGUUCUAGGAAUUUUGUGAUUUAAAGUCUUACAUUCAAACCUUUAAUUGAUUUUGAGUUAGUUUUUGUGCAUGGUAUAAGGUUUUCCUUCUUUUGCAUGUAGCUGUCCAGUUUUUCCAACAGCACCUACAGAAGAGGAUGUCCUUUCUCAAAAGAAUAAUUCUUAAUACAAGCAAUCUUCUUGUAACACAUGUUGAGAUAUGAAACUGCUAUAUGGUCUGUAUCUGCUAUUAUAAUAAAGGGUUAGGGGGACUGGAUGCAAAUUAGGUAUAUCACAUGAAUCACUUUCAAUUUUUACCUAACAACAUUUAGUAAUUUUAUCCUAUUAGAAGUUUGAGAAAAAUAUGUCUAAUGACUGGAUUACUCAGUAUGAUGUUUGACAUUCAGAUGAACUUAAUUCCUCUGCUGUUUUGGUAUGUAUGUAAUCUGCAUCACAAUGAUACCAUGAUAACUGUCAUCACUUACUUUACUAGAGGUUCAGGUCUUAAAAUGAUUUCUAUGGACGAUCUAAUUUUCAUCCAAGCACAAGUUUAAAGCUUUUCUAUUUUAUCAAUUCUCAGUCACUUUACUGGUUUUAAGGGCUCUACUCAUCUACAGAGCCAUUUUGAUAUCUACAGCUUAGGGAUUUCAGACUGAGAGUAUCAUUAACUGUGUACGUUCACAUUUCAUUCCUUUCUGUCCUGUACUGUACAUUUAAACUCUAAAUUCAGAUUUUCUGCUUUUCCAAGACUUCACUUAUUCAAGGAGAUGAAAUAUGCCAUUAAACAACAAAGAAUAUCACCAGCAGGAAUCUGUUUAAGAUAUGACCUAAAAAAACAGAUUGUAACAGCUCACAGGAGGAUGAGAGCAUGCAAAACUGCUCAUUUGGAAAGAAAAUGUUUUACAUUUGCAUUUAACCCUCACUCAGAAUUCCACCUCUUGUAUUACAGCAGUUCUUCAACUUUUCAUCAAUUUCAGUCCUCGGCCUUUGGCGAACCACAAACUUCACGAAUCCAUUUUUACUUUAUUCCAAGUGUUCAUACAUGUAUUUCCUUUAAGUUUGUACUUAUUAAGAGCGUUCUGUCAGUUUUCCCAAGUAAUUUCAUAUGCUAGCUCUAUCUUUCUGAAUUUUAAGUGAAACUGCUCAUGGAAAGCGGAGAAGGCAAUGGCACCCCACUCCAGUACUCUUGCCUGGAAAAUCCCAUGGAUGGAGGAGCCUGGUAGGCUGCAGUCCAUGGGGUCGCGAAGAGUCAGACAUGACUGAGUGACUUCACUUUCACUUUUCACUUUCAUGCAUUGGAGAAGGAAAUGGCCACCCACUCCAGUGUUCUUGCCUGGAGGAUCCCAGGGGCAGCGGAGCCUGGUGGGCUGCCGUCUAUGGGGUCGCACAGAGUCGGACACGAAUGAAGCGACUUAGCAGCAGCAGCUCAUGAAAAGAGGCUGACUUUAACUUCUUACAAAAGCUGCUCUUCUCCCCCACUGUACUCACUCAGUACAGUAUUCUGCAUGUGAAAGGACCUCAAUAAAGGUCCAGCAGCUUAUUUCCUGUCUAGAGGAGCAGGCACAGGAUAAAUCAACCUGUCUCACCGUUUGAAGCAGGAAAAGAACAGACCAGAACAGGCAUAUCCACUACUUUCUUCUUCAUAAAUAAGAUCUGAAUUCCCUUUUUGUGUAUCCCCAUCCUUCUCAACCCUAGCUGACAAUACAAGGUAAUGGAAGAAAAGCUCACUUUCAGGCACAGUCAGUCCUUCUGCUAAAGCAGACUAAGCAGUUUAGGGCAAGAAAAUAGGUGCUAGUUUAUGAAGCUAUCAACCUGAAGAGGAAGAAGAGAAGCAAAACUGGUUUCAGUGGACUAACACUCCUCUCUAGAAGGCUCACAAAGGCCACUCUUCCCAAUUCACACUGACCUCAGAGAGCACCUACCUCUUGU